GACCAAAAGUAAAGUCGCCUCCAUAAAUUGGCGGUGAGAAUUCGUUGGCAGACGAUGUUGUAGUAUGCUCAUCCGUCGAAAGUUACACGGCACAAAAAAUUGCAUCCCCAACCAACACCAAACAUCUGCACUGUGUACUGCUGGCCUUGCUCGCUCAGCAGGAGAGAUCCUCCGCCGAUCCUUUAUAUUUAAGUCGUUGCGCUGGACUGCUCGUCUCUGCAUAUAGCACAAACAUAGCAUUGCCGCCAUUGCCAAGGACGACACGCGAGCAUGAACAGCAAGGCGCGCGUCGUCUUUCUGCUCGCGCUGGUCGUCGGCGUCGCUCUAGCACUCGCCACCGCCGGCGGCACGGAGGCCGCGGCAGCCGGCGAGGGGCGGCGACGACGGCCGUAUGGCGCGCGGCAGCAGCUGCUGAUGGCCCCCGUGACGGCGACGUCGGCGGCGCUGGGUGUGGAGGCGCGCCGGCGCGUCCUCAGCAGCAUCAGCUCGUCCUCGCUCGAUCCUAACAGGGCGGCCUGCAUCGGGUCGUGCCCGGCGGCCGGCGGGGCUUACACCGGCCGUGGCUGCAAGCAGGCGUACCAGUGUCGUGGUGGCUGAGCACGCGCACGUCUCGAUCGUAUAUAUAUGUCCGUGUGCUUCUUACUAGCUACUCCGGCAACCUUACCCCAUCUUAUUUUAAUUUGUCCAUCCUUUUUACUUGUAAGAGUCCAGUUUUUUUUUUUUUUUGAGAUCUUGUAAGAGUCAAGUCAUGUGUGUGCCAUUGAAGUGAAAACAAAAAUCAUAUGGAAUUGCGUACGUUUGUGUGUGCAAUUAUCUGUAAGGUAAAAUUGCAUAAAAUUCAUAUAAGUCACUUAGAAGUUUGUCA